AUGCCUCCUUUCUCAGGCAAUGCCCUCCCUGGCGUCUUCCAUGCGGCGUCCUGCAUGACCACGGGCAUGUUGUAUAUCGUUCGAAAGCGUUUUGAGCAUUGAAAUCAGAAUUUUUUUAUUCCUCAUGCCAGGCCGAAACUGAGGCUCAGGAAGUGGGAACGGAAAGCGAGUGUGUGCGUGGCAGAGUAGUUGAUGGUUAGGGGGAGCUGGGAAUUUGUAUUAGACUUGCUCUAGACAGACCCAGAGCAGAAACCCGCGCCCUGCUUGCUACCGUUCGAUUCCCUCCAGAAUCCUCCUGGCCUACUAUAAGGCCUCUGCUUUCAUCCUUACCAGACACCCACAAACCUGCACACCACGAUCAUGGAACAAUCUGGUCUCUCUGCCUCGAUGGCUCAAAACAUCUCACUCUCGUCUCUCCUCCGCAACGCCUCCUCCCUCCAGAGUACUCUGGCUUCAGCCACUGGCAGCUCUUCAGAUCCAUUGUCCAAUCUCUCUUCAAACCUUUCUAAUUCUGCUUCUUCAGUCUUUCGAUACCCUCCUCCGAUUCAUCCUUACCCUUCGCCUACCCUCAGCGACUCUCAACUACCCCUUUUGUUGCAGUCCCCAUGGCAAACACAAUCUACGGCAAGUGCUUGCAACGAGAUUCCUUCGAUCUCUCGACCUGUCGAUUUACGUUCCUCUGCCUUGCCAUCUUCUCACCGUGAAGAACGACGCCGCUCUGUUUCUCCCCAUAACCAUCACUCCCAGCAGAACCGCGAUGACUCUUCCUCCCAUCACGAGGACGAGGAGAGUCAGUCGACUACCAGCGAGUUUGUGAAGAAGCUGUAUAAGAUGCUAGAGGACACGUCAUAUGCGAAUGUCGUUUCAUGGACCCCGAGAGGAGAUGCGUUUGUCGUCAAGGACAUGAACGAGUUCUCGCUUACGAUCCUGCCUCGCACGUUCAAGCACUCAAAUUUUGCGAGCUUCGUGCGACAGUUGAACAAGUAUGACUUUCACAAGAUCAAGAACUCGGAUGACGAUCCCUUCGGCGAACACAGCUGGACUUUCCGUCAUCCGCACUUCCGAGCCAAUCGCAAAGAGUCACUUGAGAAGAUUAAACGAAAAGGGCCAGUAGCCCGUAAGUCCUCGUCAGGACAUCGAGUUUCCGACUCGCCCACGCCUCAGUCUGCGUCGACAUCUACGGUCGAAGCGCUGCAAGCGACGAUCGAGAGUAUGGCGCGCACACAAGAGGAGAUGGCUUUGCACAUCCGGCAUCUGGAGACGAACUACCGGAACGUGUUGAACGAGAUGGUAGAUUUCCAGAGGAAUCAAGCGCGGCAGGAUGGGUUGUUGCAGAAUCUGAUACAGAUAUGUCUGCAGCCGGAAGGUGCAGACAUGGCAGCAGGGGCGUCGCUUUCUCAGUGAUUUUAUUCACUGUUGUUUUUUACGCUUGCGCGCUCGUCUUUCGCUUUCGCUAUCUGUUUUCAUUUUUUUUCCCUCCCUCAUUUUUGGCUCUGGGGUUUGUUGCCUUGGAUGCGAGAUCGGACAUGUUCUGCCUUCACGCUUGUCUGGUUGGUUGGUAGUCUAUCUUAUGCCAAUAAUCUGUAUUGCUUCUUCCGUUUUGUGUACUGUACAGUGACUGUGUAUUAUAGGGAUCCCACUACUCUUCAAGCAGGAAACAUGGUUUGAUAUGCG